AUGGGAAUUGCAAAGGCUUUGCUGAUAAUCCUUGCAUGCAGGUCAUGUGCCUGUGGUAACGUUUCCGAUGAAGAUGAAAAGUCCAAGGCAUAUUUAACUUUUGAGCACAAACUUGUGGGUGUAUCUCUAGAAAUUUCCGGACGAAUCGAUAAAAAUAUCUUCAAGGUACACAAUGGUAGCUACUGUGGAAUUUCUUACCGUACCUAUACUACUCGAAGUGGCUAUGAAUUAACGGAAGUUUGUGACAGCGGUGUAAUUAUCUGGUCUUCUCAAGGGCCAGGAAAUAGUUGUCUAUUUGCAAGGGUAACAUUUAAGGGAUGCAUGAGAUCAUAUCUCCGCCUGUACGUGCGAUUACAGGACGGAACUUACAAAAUGAACACUUACAAAUGGGAAGAUAGCAGAUGGAAAAUCAGGAAUGGAACUCUUUACGAGUCAUCAGAAGACAAAUCCAAAGUAAACGCGGGUAAAAAUGCAAGAAUACGUCAUUCUCGACUAUUGAGAGGCUCUAGAGGCAUAAUGUUGGAUCUGACAAUUUCAAAUGAAGCCGUGUCUAUGAGUGAAAGUAAAUUUCGGGGUGUAACUACCGUUUUAUAUACAGUUGCCCCGGGACAUUUUUUUACUUCAAUAAUAGAUGCCACAUCACCUAUCUGGGACGGACGUCCGGGUGAAAUUUGUACAAUCGCAAAAACACAUUCUGACUUUAAUACGAAGCUGUUAAAAAUCCAUGUAAAGAAUCAGGCGUCUCUGGAAGACCAAUAUUAUGAUAGGAACCAGUGUGGAGAAUGGACACGAAUAGAAAAACCUACAUUUGAAGCAAAGGUCGACGAAAUGAAGAUUAGAGGACAAAUAACUCCACAACCGGAUCUCCUAUGCUACGAACAAUUGGAUGAUUCUGUCUGA